AUGCGGUUGAAGUUUUUCGCAGCUCUACUCUCCGUGGCGAGUGCAUUUACUUGUCAUAACUGUUAUGUCAAAUACGACCACGUUGGAAACCUUAUUGAAGGACAAGAGAAUUGCUGGUCCGCGAAUGACACUUUGAUCGAUCUUUCUACAACAGAAGUCUCUUGUCCUGAAAAUCAAAAUUUCUGUAAAACAGAAGUUACCGUUGAGUGGGAAGCGACGGGUGAACAGACAAUCACAUUUGUUCGUGGGUGCGCAGUGACUGAGAUAACAGAAGAAAUAGCAUGCUUUGAAAGUACUAUUAGUGGUAAUCGAUACAAGGACUGUAAGCUUACUUGUAAUGAACUUUCAAACUGCAAUACUGACUCUGAUGUUCUCGAUCUACUCGGAAGAACUGGUGAAGAUGGUGAUCCUGUUGAGCGAGUCUGCGCUCAGUGCAGUUCACUUCGUGAUGACGAUGACUCCGAAGACUAUUGCAAAGACGAUGGCCCAACAGAUUUAUGCCCUUUUUAUGCUAAUCAAGGAUGUUUUAAUGCUCACGAGAUCAUUCAGACCCAAGCUGGGAAUGUUUCUGAAGAAUAUUUCAAGGGAUGCUCAUUUUUUGAAAUCAAGGAAGAGUCGACAGGUGAAAAUGAUUGUUCUACUUUCAACCUCAACGGACAAAUGACGCAAACAUGCAAGAGCGAAUGUGAUGCAAACAAAUGUAAUAUUGGUUCAAUAGAAAAUAGCAAAGUAUGCUAUGUCUGCGAAUAUGCUUUUGAUCAUUAUGGGAAGCAGCUGAGCAUUGGCGACCCCGACUGCUGGGAUAGCUUGAAGCAAAGACAUCUUCAAACAUGCAGAGAAGGAGUUACAACUUGUGUGACUGAACUCGAUGCUGUGUGGGGUUUUAAUGGAAAACAAGAAUUUGCGCUUCGAAGAGGUUGUGGACCAAUUGAAAAACCAGAUGAUGGACUAAUGAAGGACUGUCUAACUGCAAACGCCAACUCCCAAUUUCAUGCUAAACAGUGUAUUGACCACUGUAAGAAUGAUGGUCUUGCAUGCAAUACAGAUCUAAGAGUCCUAGAAGAAUUUAAUUACGGAGGUGAAGCUAUUAAAUCCUGUCGAGUCUGCGAGUCCACGUCUGAUGACCCAGAAAUUGAGGACGAUUGUUCAGUAAACUCGACUACAUCACAACUUUGCCCAAAGUACGCAAAUGCGGGAUGUUUUAGCUCUCGUGUCGCCGAAGAUACUCUUAUGGGAUAUAAAGAAACAACGCACCAUGGAUGCUCUGCUUUCAGAACAACAAGCAAUGACCUUUUCUGUUUUAACGCAGAAUACGAAAUGCCAAGCUUUGGAAAUCCUAGCGGCGAAAUAGAAACAACGAAUGUAUGCAAGGAAACGUGCCAAACUCCCGACUGUAAUAUUAAUCUUUCAAAACCUGUUGAAACUGCCCAUUUUUGCUAUGUCUGCGAAGUAACAGUCGAUCAUCUCAACCAAACUGUUGGCCUCGGUGACUUUCAUUGUCUCGAUGAUCCUCCAUCAACAUAUGAAAUCGAGUGCGCUGAGACACAGACUUACUGUGUCACUGAGCUUGAAGUUGAUUGGAUGCCAAAUGGUGAUCAAGAAACAACAGUCCGUCGAUCUUGCUCGGCAACACCGGCUCCGACAUUCUGCACAAUCGGGAAUCCUUACGGAUCAAUUUACCAGCGAAAAGAUUGCGCAUCAACUUGCACAAACAACUUACUAUCUGGCUGCAAUAACGAUCUGAUGGAAGUCGGGCAGAAAUUUGCUGAUGAACUUACUGGGGAACCGAUUCAAUCUUGCUUCAAUUGCGAAACACAUCCAGGUGACGAAGGCUGCCGUCUUGAUCAAGAAUUGGGAGACUUGACGGUUGUUGACUGUCCACUUUAUGCAAACGCUGGUUGUUUCACUUCCUCUUCUCGACUUCGCGAAGGUGACGAGAGUGCCCUUGACAUCAUCAGAGGCUGCAGCACUUUCAGCCAGGAGGACAACUGCAAUUCUGAAAAGGCAGUAAUCAAGAGCGGCAAUUACUGUCACGUGUGCAGAGUCGUCAUUGAUCAUAAUGGUGAUGUCAUUGGUACUGGCAGCACGGACUGUCUCUAUCUUGAUUCUGCUGUUGACUACGAUGUUGUCGAUUGUGGCGAAGAAUCUUCUUGUGCUACUCAUAUGGAAAUUGCAUGGCUGCCAUUUGGACAGCAAGAAGUUCUUGUCGAGAGAAAAUGUGACGUUCCAAAUGCGAUCGACAAUUUGUGCACUGAAAGAGUAACCAACGGGUGGCUCGAAAAGGACUGCUGGGAACACUGCUACGACGACAUGUGCAAUGACAACCUAAAUAUCGCUAAAAACUUCGCACCUGAAGAUGGAACCGAAGCAGUCACGGAAUGCUACACCUGCUCGUACGAAUCUAUCGGAACCAAUAAUCCUCUUGAUGAUGAAAUUGGCUGUCUUGAAAACCCGAUCGAAGAUUCCAUUCAAAAGUGCCCCGAGUGGGCUCAGCUCGGUUGUUUUGUCGGAGAUGGAGUGCAAAAGAACGUCGAAGGAGAUGAGUCCGUCAAUGUUCAUCGAGGCUGCUCUAGUUUUGUCCUUCAGGAGCAGCUAUGUGGAUCUCUCACUAUUGACACAAAUGUGACUGAAGACGUUGACCGAUCACGAAUUUCCGUUUGCAAGCUAACCUGCACCGGUGCUGAUGACUGUAACACCUUCCGAUACCCAGACUGGGUCGAUCCGCCAAGCAAUGAAUGUCCUCCAGAACUCUGCGGAGAGACCACAACUCAGUCUACAUCUACAGCGUCUUCUUCAUCGAGUACAGAAAGCACACAAAGCUCUAGCACUGUCUCUAGCUCCACCAUCAGUAGUUCAAGCACGCUCUCAACUGAAAGCUCGUCAAGCUCAAGUUCGUCUACUGUAACUAGCAGCACUGAAAGCUCAGCAGCCUCUACUGAUAUAUCAAGCACAGUCACGAGCUCAACUAGCUCAGGCUCUUCGACCGAAUCGAGCUCAACUGACACUUCAAGCACCGAAUCUUCAAGUACUGAAUCUUCUACACAGGAAUCAACAACGAAAACUGAUGGGGACGAACCCGAAGAUAAAGAAGCGGACGUCGGGCUUAUUCUCGGAGCAACUGCUCUUGCUGUCUCACUUACAGCUGUUGGCGGAGCCGGAGUUUAUUUUAUCUUCAAAAAAUUCUCCAAACCCUCGAAAACCAGUCCAAAUCACAUUUAA